GGGAGGCCAAAUGAGGAGCUGGCGGGCGAAGGAGACAAGGACGACGAAAUCUUCGGGAAUUUGGGCAGAGUAGACGAGCAGAUCCGAAGAUUGGCUGAUUCGAGACCACCACUGCCUGUACGUAUGCGACUUCCGUGCUGUCUACUGCUCCGGCGGGCACCUUUCCUCCUUCAUCUGCCGAGUACGAAUCGAAGAGUUUCAGGCCUCAGCUCAUCCAGUCGAUAACUGGAGUCUGUUGCCUUACGGUAACUUCCUUCAUCGCCUAUCAUAGAGAACUGAAGGAGGACUUGUAACCAUGGUUUUGGGAAACGGUACAGCAACUUUAGUGACUGGUGCAGGCAAUGGCAUUGGACGAGGUCUAUCCUUGAGUCUAGCCAGUAAGGGUGCGACAGUGACGGUGGUCGAGUAUUCUGAGGCUGAUGGUCUAGAGACCGUUCGCCUGAUUGAAGUGGAACACGCCAAGCUUCUGAAAAAGCCGCGGGCACCGUCUGCUAUCUUCAUCAAAUGCGAUGUCACCGUUCCAGAGCAACUUUUUAGAGCAUUUGAGCUACAUGAGCAAACAUAUGGACGGCUCGACGUUUGUGUAAACAAUGCCGGAAUCGGGGAAGAUCAAAACUUCGAUGCUGACCUGUCUAGCGAUGGGAAGGGGAAAUGGCGCAGAACUAUGGAUGUGAACUUGUCUGCUGUUAUCGAUGGAACACGACUUGCAGUACAAACGAUGAGAAGGACUAAGCAACCAGGAGUCAUCAUAAAUGUGGCAUCGGCUGCGGGACUUUAUCCUUCCAUUGCGAUGCCCAUAUAUAGCGCAUCUAAAGCGGGAGUUGUUAUGUUUUCAAGAUCAUUGGGAGGCCUCAAACGGGAGGGCAUUCGUGUCAACGCUCUUUGUCCGGAGUUUGUUGAUACUGCUCUGGCGAAACUAGUUAAUCCUCGUGUAAUUACAAAUCUUGGGGGUUACUUGCCGAUGGACGCCAUAUUGAAGGGUGCUUUGCAACUUAUUGAAGAUGAAAGUAAGGCUGGAGACACCCUUUGGUUGACUGUCCGGAGAGGAGCCGAGUACUGGCCGACACCAGAAGAAAAAGCCAAAUACGAACUCCCUCGCUCACGACGUAUCGUCCGGCCACUUUCAAAACCCAUCCCUCCCGCAAUACCAGACGAGUACAAAAAAGUGAUUAUUCACAAGUUGAGCAGUGACUUCAGAACAGCAAGCAAAAUUGUGACGGUGCCUUUAGAACUACCGUUGAAGCCUGGCCAUGUGCUGGUCAAGAAUUUGUAUGCAGGGGUAAAUGCCAGUGACGUCAAUUUCAGUUCAGGACGAUAUUUCGGAGGAAAGGCAAAGUUACCCUUUGAUGCAGGAUUUGAGGCUGUUGGUGUUGUUGCAAGUUUAGGUGAAGGAGUGGACAGCAAUAUUUUGGUGCCGGGAUCACCAGUUGCAACCCUGACUUAUGGAGGAUUCUCGGAGUUUUGCCAGGUUCCCUUCAAAAACGUCAUACCGAUGCCUGUAGCAGUUCCCGAAUUAGUUGCUCUUCUCACCUCGGGACUCACAGCUUCCUUAGCUUUAGAGCAGGCUGGAAGAAUCAAGUCUGGAGAGACCGUCCUAGUGACUGCUGCGGCUGGAGGAACAGGCCAAUUCGCCGUACAGCUUGCAAAAUUAGCAGGAAACACAGUGAUAGCCACGUGCGGUGGAGAAGAAAAAGCGAAGUUUCUGAGGAGUCUUGGUGUUGACCGAGUCAUAGACUACAAGAAAGAAAGCAUAAAAGCGGUUCUGAAGAAGGAAUUCCCCAAUGGAAUAGAUCUGAUUUAUGAGUCGGUGGGAGGAGAAAUGUUUACAACGUGCUUAAAUGCUCUUGCCCGAAGGGGUCGUCUCAUAGUCAUUGGAAUGAUAUCCCAGUAUCAAGGAGAGAACGGGUGGCAACCAGGGAACUAUCCAGGUCUCGCGGAGAAAAUUUUGGCCAAAUCGCAGUCCGUGGUGGGGUUCUUCCUGAAUGACUACACACGAAUGUGGCGAGACCACGCAGCUCGGUUGACAAAACUCUACCUUGAUAAGAAACUCAAGGUGACUGUUGAUUCGAAGCUCUUCGCAGGAGUGGAGGCAAUAGCUGAUGCAGUUGAGCACCUACAUUCGGGACAGAGUUUAGGAAAGGUGGUCGUUCGUUUGGCACCAGAAACAACAAACCAUGCGCAAGCACGCUUGUAAGCCUCGACUCUGUAAUUGUAUUAGGCAAAUAAAUUCCUGGUUUUGGAUUCCUGAAGCCCUGUGCUCGGAAGUCUGGAGACCAUAAGACUGAUUCCUAUCGCAGGAACAGUUUAGUGUAUAAUUUAAACAUUCUUCUUAUUGAGAGCUAAAUCUGAUCAAAAGCAUUUAGAUUUAUGCAUGUAGAUUUGAGUGGUCUUGACUUGGAAACUCCUCUUUUUAGUUGAAACUUUAAUUUUACAGAUUCGUAUUAAAACCGAACACAUUUAUCUCACAUGAAAGUGAUGGUUGAGGAUGUUAUUGGAAAACCAUUUCGAGAAUCAGAGAAUCUUGCACAAUAUGUG